AUGCAUUUAAUUCCAAAAUUGACUAAAUUAAACAAAUCUCAAGAAGACAUUUCUGCUAUUCAAGAUCAUUUGAGUUAAUUGCCUUAAUUUCAAGCACCCUAUGAAGUCUUGAAAGAUGUACUUUUAAAUUAAAAAUAUAGUUAUGUAAAACAAUAGGAUAUGUUUAUUUUGAAACUGGUCAAGUAGUCUAAUAAAAUAAUAAAUUUGCAUUCUAUGUAAUAAAGGGAUUACUCUAAAUAGAAGACAAUAUAUAAAUUCAACCUGAAAUGUGGUAUGAAGGAGAUUUAGGUUUUGAAGUUAAAGUAUUAUUUUAUUUAUAUUCAAAUUUAGUAAGAUACUCAUUGUUUUGCUUUACCAAUUGAUUUAUAUAAAAAGUUUAGUUCUAGUCAUGGUGUUUUGUAUUAAUAAAAGAAAAAAUCACUUAUAGCCAAUUUACCUAUCAUUGAAAAAAUUGCUCCUAAAAUAUAAGAAUAAUUAAUCAAACAAUUCUAGGAAGUCAAAUUUGCCCAUACAGACUUCAUUUAGAAAAUGGAUGAACCUGGAAAUUCAUUAUUUAUUUUAUAAUAUGGAGUUUUAAGUUUAAGCAAAAAUUAUUAGAAAACUCUAUCUCAUUAUGAAAAAUAAGUAUUACCUAGAAAAUUUUGGUUUAAUGAAAUUGUAAUAUGUGAAUUAAAUGAUCAAGGUGUUUUAGGAGAAGAAUUCACUCAAUAAGAAAAAGCUUUAUAUAAUGUUUAAGUAAUAUCAAAAUAUGCUUCUCUAUUAAUGAUAUCAAUAUAACAACUUAAAAAUAUUUCUCCAUAAGUUUUUCAAUCAGUAUGUAAAAUGUUUAAAGAUAAAACUAUUUUGAGAGAUGAAAUUUAUAAAUAAAAAUGUCAAGAAUUAGAAAAAAAUUGGUAAAAUACAAAUAAAGAUCAAAUGCUAAAUUAAGAUAUAAAGAAAACUAUUUCUUUUAAAGUACUUUCUAAAUAACCUUCUGCUUGUCAAGAUUAACAAAGCUAAACUAAUGAUGAUCAAUUUGGAGCUCUAUUAGGAAACUUAUCUUAUAAAAAAAUGCCUACCUUCAUUUAAUAAUACUUCAGAUAAAAGCAUCUUAAGGUUAAAAAACGACAAGAUCAACAUCAAUUAAAUAAUUCGAAUUCAAAUUCAAAUUCUAUGAAUCAUAUGGAUUCAACUUUUGAUCCAUAUAUUUUACUUUAAAAAACAUAACAAAAAAUGCUUGUUUAAUAACAUUCCUUAAAAUAAUAAAAUGCUUUGCGUUUAACAAAAACAAGAUAAAUGGAUCGAAAAUCUGAAUAAACAAAAUCACAAUAAAUAAGACCCAAUACUUCUCAAAUUAUGGUUUAAUAACAAUUUUCUUUGGGAUUAACUUAAUAAUAAUAGCAAUCCUUCAAUUAACUAGGCAGUGGUUCUAGAUAAGAAUUAACCUUAUAAAAAAACAUCUUAUAGAAUUUUCAUACACCAAAACCAAUUAUAAGAUAGUUAAAAAGAAUGUAUAGAAGUUCCUCUGUUCAUAAGAUUGAUGAUCCUCCAUUCUCUCUAAUACCUUAACUAAAAAAUAAAAGUAAUUUUAAUAAAUAAAUAGCCCCUAGAGAUAAUAUGUUCUAUCUAAAUUUAUAGCAAAAUUAUUCAGGUUAAAGAAUUAAAGUCAACUAAUUAUUGCAUAAUUCUAUAGAUUGA